UAGUUCCAAUAUUUAUUCAGCUUGUACUGCGUGGUAUAUAAGCUGGUGGUAGCUUAAGAAAUGCCAAAGCCACACCAUGAAGCUGUCUAUAGCUCUUUUGAGCGUGGUGGCUCUCGUGGCCGUCAGCGGCCUGCCACAACCAAGGCCAGACCCCGGUUUCGGAGAAAUCGAGGAGAUCACCAAACACUCCAAGAAGUCGGCCUCCAGCUCUUCCAGCAGUUCGGAAGAGAGCGCCUCCAGCAGCAUCACCAAGAGUGGUGGGAAGACCAUCAUCAGGAAACAGUCUGAGAGCGAGCAGGAACAAGCCAGUGCUGGCAAGCAGGAGGAAUCUGACUCAAGGACCGUCAGACGCGUCGGAGGAGGCAUCAUCGAGCAAGACUCGAGCCAAUCCAGCUCCGCCCAGCAGCAGCAAUCCGCUUCCCAGCGAUCCCAGAAAGAGGAACAGAUCAUCAGUGGAGGAUCUGUGGUCAGGAAAUCGCAAAAAAGCGCCAAUCAACAGGCGUCCCAAAGCGCGAGCGCUGAUUCCAGCCAAUCUUCAAGGAGGAUCGUCCGUGGUGGUGGUGGUGUCGAAGAAAGCUCCGAGCGCAAAUCUUCCAAGUCAGCCAAAAAGAGCAGCAGUGAGGAAGAUGAGAGUGAAGAGCUCCGCAUUCGCGGAGGCAGCCGUGAGGAAAAGAGCAAAAAGAGCUCCAAGCAAUCACAGUCUGCCGACCAAUCUGCGAGCGAACAGAAAAGAUCUUCAAAACGAACUGGUUCUUCAGUCGAAGUGAACUCCAGUUCCAAGAAAUCGUCUAAAAAAUCCGCCAGCUCUAGCGAGAGCGAAGAAGAGAGAGAGCGUAGGGAGCGGCGCGGUAAAGGCUCCGUCGAAAGCGAGGAGGCGAGACGCAAGAAGUCCAAGAAAUCUGAAUCUAGCUCCAGCGAGGAGAGCGAAGAGUCGAGGCGCAGGAGGAUCUCUGGGUCUUCUCAGGAAUCUGAGGAAAAACGCAGACGCAGCUCAAAGAGCUCUUCCAGCUCCGAAGAAAGCGAGGAAGAAUCGAGACGUCGCCGCGUGAAGAAGGGAGGCAGGGACGAUGAUUGUGACGACUCCGGUAGGCCAGGUUACCCCAAACCUGGAGCCCCAAGCCACCCAGGAGUUCCAGGUGGCCCAGAAGUACCUGGAGUCCCAGGACAUGGAGGAAAACCGGGCCAUGGAGGCAAACCUGGAGUCCCAGGCGUCCCAGGAGUUCCAGGAGUCUCAGGAGUGCCAGGAGUACCUGGAGUCCCAGGACAUGGAGGAAAACCAGGCAAACCAGGUCAUGGAGGCAAACCUGGAGUCCCAGGAGUCCCAGGAGUGCCAGGAGUCCCAGGCGUCCCAGGUACUCCAGGACAUGGAGGAAAACCAGGCAAACCAGGUCAUGGAGGCAAACCUGGAGUCCCAGGAGUCCCAGGAGUGCCAGGAGUCCCAGGCGUCCCAGGUACUCCAGGACAUGGAGGAAAACCAGGCAAACCAGGUCAUGGAGGCAAACCUGGAGUCCCAGGAGUCCCAGGAGUGCCAGGCAUCCCAGGAGUACCAGGUACUCCAGGACAUGGAGGAAAACCAGGCAAACCAGGUCAUGGAGGCAAACCUGGAGUCCCAGGAGUCCCAGGAGUGCCAGGAGUCCCAGGACAUGGAGGAAAACCAGGCAAACCAGGUCAUGGAGGCAAACCAGGCAAACCAGGUCAUGGAGGCAAACCUGGAGUCCCAGGAGUCCCAGGAGUGCCAGGAGUCCCAGGCGUCCCAGGUACUCCAGGACAUGGAGGAAAACCAGGCAAACCAGGUCAUGGAGGCAAACCUGGAGUCCCAGGAGUCCCAGGAGUGCCAGGAGUCCCAGGCGUCCCAGGUACUCCAGGACAUGGAGGAAAACCAGGCAAACCAGGUCAUGGAGGCAAACCUGGAGUCCCAGGAGUCCCAGGAGUGCCAGGCAUCCCAGGAGUACCAGGUACUCCAGGACAUGGAGGAAAACCAGGCAAACCAGGUCAUGGAGGCAAACCUGGAGUCCCAGGAGUCCCAGGAGUGCCAGGAGUCCCAGGACAUGGAGGAAAACCAGGCAAACCAGGUCAUGGAGGCAAACCAGGCAAACCAGGUCAUGGAGGCAAACCUGGAGUCCCAGGAGUCCCAGGAGUGCCAGGCGUCCCAGGAGUCCCAGGUACUCCAGGACAUGGAGGAAAACCAGGCAAACCAGGUCAUGGAGGCAAACCUGGAGUCCCAGGAGUCCCAGGAGUCCCAGGAGUGCCAGGAGUCCCAGGUACUCCAGGACAUGGAGGAAAACCAGGCAAACCAGGUCAUGGAGGUAAACCUGGAGUCCCAGGAGUCCCAGGAGUGCCAGGAGUCCCAGGACAUGGAGGAAAACCAGGCAAACCAGGUCAUGGAGGCAAACCUGGAUACCCAGGCACCCCAGGAGUCCCAGCAGUGCCAGGAGUCCCAGGACAUGGAGGAAAACCAGGCAAACCAGAUCAUGGAGGCAAACCUGGAGUCCCAGGAGUCCCAGGCGUCCCAGGAGUACCAGGAGUACCAGGCGUUCCAGGCACUCCAGGACAUGGAGGAAAACCAGGAAAACCAGGCAAACCAGGCAAACCGGGCAAACCAGGCAAACCGGGCAAACCAGGAGAUGAUGGUGAUGAUGAUUGCAGUGGCCCAGGAAAACCAGGCAAACCAGGCGUCCCAGGCGUACCAGGAAAACCAAGCAAACCGGGCGUCCCUGGCAAACCAGGCAAACCGGGCAACCCAAGCGUCCCAGGCGUACCAGGAAAGCCAGGCAAACCUGGUAAACCAGGAGUACCAAGUGUACCAGGAGUCCCAGGCAAACCAGGCAAACCAGGCAACCCAGGAGUCCCAGGCAAACCAAGCAAACCAGGCAACCCAGGCAAACCAAGCAAACCAGGCAACCCAGGAGUCCCAGGAAAACCAGGCAAACCAGGCAACCCAGGAGUCCCAGGAAAACCAAGCAAACCAGGCAACCCAGGAGUCCCAGGAAAACCAAGCAAACCAGGCAACCCAGGAGUCCCAGGCAAACCAAACAAACCUGGCAACCCAGGAGUCCCAGGCAAACCAAACAAACCUGGCAACCCGGGAGUCCCAGGCAAACCAAGCAAACCUGGCAACCCAGGAGUCCCAGGCAAACCAAGCAAACCUGGCAACCCAGGAGUCCCAGGCAAACCAAGCAAACCAGGCAACCCAGGAGUCCCAGGCAAACCAAGCAAACCAGGCAACCCAGGAGUCCCAGGCAAACCAAGCAAACCAGGCAACCCAGGGGUACCAGGCAAACCAAGCAAACCUGGCAACCCAGGAGUCCCAGGCAAACCAAGCAAACCUGGCAACCCAGGAGUCCCAGGCAAACCAAGCAAACCUGGCAACCCAGGAGUCCCAGGCAAACCAAGCAAACCUGGCAACCCAGGAGUCCCAGGCAAACCAAGCAAACCAGGCAACCCAGGAGUCCCAGGCAAACCAAGCAAACCUGGCAACCCAGGAGUCCCAGGCAAACCAAGCAAACCAGGCAACCCAGGAGUCCCAGGCAAACCAAGCAAACCAGGCAACCCAGGGAUACCAGGCGAGCCAGGACAACCAGGACAGCCAGGACAACCAGGACAACCAGGACAACCAGGACAACCAGGACAGCCAGGACAACCAGGUCAACCAGGACAGCCAGGACAACCUGGACAACCAGGACAACCAGGUAAACCGGACAAACCAGGCAAACCAGGCAAACCAGGAAAUGGUGAUGAUGAUUGCGAUGGCCCAGGCAAACCAGGCAAGCCAGGACAACCUGGACAACCAGGCCAGCCAGGACAGCCAGGACAACCUGGACAACCAGGACAGCCAGGACAACCCGGACAACCAGGACAACCAGGACAGCCAGGACAACCAGGCAAACCGGACAAACCAGGCAAACCAGGCAAACCAGGCAAUGAUGAUGAUGAUUGCGAUGGCCCAGGCAAACCAGGCAAGCCAGGACAACCUGGACAACCAGGCCAGCCAGGACAGCCAGGACAACCUGGACAACCAGGUCACCCAGGCACUCCAAGUCACCCAGGCACUCCAGGAAAACCAGGAAAAGGCAAAGCGACCAAGAAAACAUCCAGCUCACACCAAGAGUCCGGCACUUCAUCUGGAAACACCUCAACUCAGAACGAGGAUACUACUGAUGCCAAGGGCAACAGGCACACCAAGACUGCCACCGUUACUGACAAGUCCGACAGCAACAAGAAGUCCUCUCAAUCUCAAACUGUUAUUAAGAAGUCUGAUGGAACUACCAUCAAUAAAUCAUCUCAGGACGCCAGUGAAUCCGACAACAAUGCCAGCUCAUCCAACAUUCACGAGAAAAACACGAAUGCUGACGGUUCUUCCGACGAGAGGUCUGAGCAAAACGCCUCCAAAUCCUCUCACAAAGCCGCUUCGAGCAACAACCAAUCAAAACAAGUGAACGCUGACGGGUCCACUAGCGAGUCAUCUGACCAAAACGCUUCAGUCGAGAACAACAAAGCUGCGUCAAGCAACAAGCAACUCAAGAAAGUCAACAACGAUGGCUCUACUCUCAAAGCGUCGGAACAAUCAGCUUCGAAGAAAAGCAGCAAAAACGCUUCCUCCAACAAACAAUCAAAAAAGAUCAACAAAGAUGGGUCUUCUGAGCAGAUCUCAGAUCAAUCUGCUUCCACAGAGAACAAUAAGGCCGCUUCCAAGAACACUCAAUCUAAAAAGAUUAACAAAGACGGAUCUUCUGAACAGACGUCAGAGCAAUCUGCAUCGGAUCAAAGUAACAAGGCCGCUUCUAAGAACAUACAGGUUAAAAAGGUGAACAAGGAUGGAUCCUCCGAGCAAGGGUCUCAGCAAUCAGCUUCAAAGGAAAGCAGCAAGAAUGCUUCCUCCAACAAACAAUCCAAAAAGAUCAACAAAGAUGGGUCUUCUGAGCAGAUCUCAGAUCAAUCUGCUUCUACAGAGAACAAUAAGGCCGCUUCCAAGAACACUCAAUCUAAAAAGAUUAACAAAGACGGAUCUUCUGAACAGACGUCCGAGCAAUCUGCAUCGGAUCAAAGUAACAAGGCCGCUUCUAAGAACGUACAGGUUAAAAAGGUGAACAAGGAUGGAUCCUCCGAGCAAGGGUCUCAGCAAUCAGCUUCAAAGGAAAGCAGCAAGAAUGCUUCCUCCAACAAACAAUCCAAAAAGAUCAACAAAGAUGGGUCUUCUGAGCAGAUCUCAGAUCAAUCUGCAUCCACAGAGAACAAUAAGGCCGCUUCCAAGAACACUCAAUCUAAAAAGAUUAACAAAGACGGAUCUUCUGAACAGACGUCAGAGCAAUCUGCUUCGAAUGAAAAUAACGAGGCCGCUUCUAAGAACGUACAGGUUAAAAAGGUGAACAAGGAUGGAUCCUCCGAGCAAGGGUCUGAGCAAUCAGCUUCCAAGAAAAGUAGCAAGAAUGCUUCCUCCAACAAACAAUCCAAAAAGAUCAACAAAGAUGGGUCUUCUGAGCAGAUCUCAGAUCAAUCUGCUUCCACAGAGAACAAUAAGGCCGCUUCCAAGAACACUCAAUCUAAAAAGAUUAACAAAGACGGAUCUUCUGAACAGACGUCAGAGCAAUCUGCUUCGAAUGAAAAUAACGAGGCUGCUUCUAAGAACGUACAGGUUAAAAAGGUGAACAAGGAUGGAUCCUCCGAGCAAGGGUCUGAGCAAUCAGCUUCCAAGAAAAGUAGCAAGAAUGCUUCCUCCAACAAGCAAUCCAAAAAGCUCAACAAAGAUGGGUCUUCUGAGCAGAUCUCAGAUCAAUCUGCUUCUACAGAGAACAAUAAGGCCGCUUCCAAGAACACUCAAUCUAAAAAGAUUAACAAAGACGGAUCUUCUGAACAGACGUCAGAGCAAUCUGCAUCGGAUCAAAGUAACAAGGCCGCUUCUAAGGACGUACAGGUUAAAAAGGUGAACAAGGAUGGAUCCUCCGAGCAAGGGUCUCAGCAAUCAGCUUCAAAGGAAAGCAGCAAGAAUGCUUCCUCCAACAAACAAUCCAAAAAGAUCAACAAAGAUGGGUCUUCUGAGCAUAUCUCAGAUCAAUCUGCUUCCACAGAGAACAAUAAGGCCGCUUCCAAGAACACUCAAUCUAAAAAGAUUAACAAAGACGGAUCUUCUGAACAGACGUCAGAGCAAUCUGCUUCGAAUGAAAAUAACGAGGCCGCUUCUAAGAACGUACAGGUUAAAAAGGUGAACAAGGAUGGAUCCUCCGAGCAAGGGUCUGAGCAAUCAGCUUCCAAGAAAAGUAGCAAGAAUGCUUCCUCCAACAAGCAAUCCAAAAAGAUCAACAAAGAUGGGUCUUCUGAGCAGACCUCAGAACAAUCGGCUUCGACACAGAACAGCAAAGCCGCUUCCAAAAACACUCAGUCGAAAAAAGUAAACGCAGAUGGAUCUACUGAACAGACUUCAGAACAAUCUGCUUCUAAACAAGAUAGCAAGGCUGCUUCCAAAAACACUCAAUUGAAAAAAGUGAACGCCGAUGGAUCCACUCUCGAGCAAUCUGAACAAGCUGCUUCGAAACAGGACAACAAGGCUGCUUCUAAAAACACACAAUCGAAAGAAGUGAACGCCGAUGGAUCUACUGAACAGGCUUCAGAACAAGCUGCUUCGAAACAGGACAGCAAGGCUGCUUCUAAAAACACACAAUCGAAAAAAGUGAACGCCGAUGGAUCUACUGAACAGGCUUCAGAACAAUCUGCUUCUAAACAAGAUAGCAAGGCUGCUUCCAAAAACACUCAAUUGAAAAAAGUGAACGCCGAUGGAUCCACUCUCGAGCAAUCUGAACAAGCUGCUUCGAAACAGGACAGCAAGGCUGCCUCUAAAAAUACACAAUCGAAAAAAGUGAACGCCGAUGGAUCUACUGAACAGGCUUCAGAACAAUCUGCUUCUAAACAAGAUAGCAAGGCUGCUUCCAAAAACACUCAAUUGAAAAAAGUGAACGCUGAUGGAUCCACUCUCGAGCAAUCUGAACAAGCUGCUUCGAAACAGGACAGCAAGGCUGCUUCUAAAAACACACAAUCGAAAAAAGUGAACGCCGAUGGAUCUACUGAGGAGGCUUCAGAACAAUCUGCUUCGAAACAGGACAGGAAGGCUGCUUCCAAAAACACUCAAUUGAAAAAAGUUAAUACUGAUGGUUCCACUCUCGAGGCAUCAGAACAGUCUGCUUCGACAAAGGACAGCAAAGCUGCUUCCAAAAACACUCAAUUGAGAAAAGUGAACGCCGAUGGAUCUACUGAAGAUGCUUCAGAACAAGCUGCUUCUACAGAGGAUAACAAGGCUGCUUCCAGCAACAAACAAGUCAAGAAAGUAAACGCUGAUGGUUCGACUUCUGAGGGCUCUGAACAGUCGGCCUCGAACCAAUCCCACAAGGCUGCCUCCGACAAUAAGCAAUCUAGAGUUGUAAAUGCCGAUGGAUCGGUGAGGACUGGUAGCGAACAGAACGCCUCUGAGUCGAGCGAUACCAACGCCAGCUCCAACAAGCAGUCGCGCACUGUCGACGCAGAUGGUAGGCGCAGUAUCAACUCCAGCAACUCCGCUUCCAGCUCUAGCUCCAGUUCUUCCUCUUCAUCUUCCGAAGGCGAGGAAACCAUUUCUGAUGACGACUGUUAGAUAAUUUAGUUAAACACUUUCACUUACAAUUCUUCUGUUGAUUAAGCUUCAUUGCUUAUAAAUAGUUUUGCAAAAGUUUUCAUGUGUGUUUAAUUCGAAAUAAACGAACGAUUAAUAAUAA